UUCCUCUCUCGUUAUUCUUUUCAACCUUUCACUUUCCAUUCCUCUCUUCAAAGUCAUAGCUGUUGGUUUAUCUUUCUCUCCUUUCUUUUGUCUUCAUAAAUUUCUCCUAUUAUCACUUUUCCAGAGACCUCCCCACCCUACACGACCGCUCUAUCCCCUCGAACUACUCGGUGAGAAUGAUGGUGAUGAUGAUGACUGAUAAAUAAGUGUCGUUGGCAUAUGAAAGGACACUAUGAAUGAAUGAAAAAAAAAACUGGAUGGACAGAGCUGAAAUACCUUUUUGCUCAUAGGUCUGCUCGAUAAGAACCAACUUGGGCCCACACAAGUAUCGUCCCUCUUUCUAUUUUCAAGUAUAUCUAAAAAAAAAAUCUUUUACCUUGUGUAGGCCUCUGUUUUCCUCAAUCACUCUUUCACCAGUAUUGUCUUUUAUACCUCUUGCCUAACUUUUAAAAAUUUCUCCUCUUCCUACUCCUCUAUCGUCUCUUUUUCCCUCCGUGUCUAACUAUCUAUCUAUCUCCUCUUCCUCUGUAACUUUGUCAUCAGCGCACCUCAUUCAAUAUUUCUGUCAAACUUGUUUGUCUUUCUCCCCUUCCUUCCUCCCUCCCUCAGUCUCACUUUGUUGCUUUCUCCACUCUUUCCCUCCACUAUUUAACUUUCUGUUGGUUUUUUUCCCUCCUACCACCAUGUCAGCUCCCACUCCCACCACGAUUACUACAACUACUACUACUUCCACCACUGUUUUGAACUUUUUCUGCCAUUAACAAAAACAAACUAUACACUGCUCGUAAUGGUAUCGAAACCGUCUCUAUAUACUCACGGAACCUGUUGUCCAGACUCCGUUCCACCGACACCAAUCCACCAAUUAUCAUCAUCACCGGUCAUUGGACUGUGGCCAUGCUGGGGCACCACCUUGAAAAGUUUAGCCGAACAAGUCAACCCCAUGUCAGAUGAAGCUGCUUACAAUGAAAAGUUUGGAUAUGGAGAGAAGCAGAUAUCCAGUGCUGGCCUGGAAAUAACCCACAAUGGAAAUUCGGAAAUGGAACAAAGCACUAAAGCUGGAAACAGUUCUAAAGUGUCACAUCGGAAUAAGCGAAGAUCUAAAACUUCAUCUGUCCUGAAAUGGCUUUCAAGGAAAUUUCAUUUAUCAUCUAAACGUAUUGAGGAAGACUUUGACAGAGGUAUUUGUCCUUCCCAUAAAAACACAGACACAUUAACACAUAUCAAACACAAUUAUCCUCAGAAAGCUAGCAGUACUGGUAACUUAUAUUCUGAUUCUGCGAAUCGCUACUUAGGUGAAGUUUCAGACUAUGUAAAUAUCGGUAAAUCAGAACACAGAAAGUCUGUUACAUUAGAACCUGUUCUGUUGUCAUAUAAGUCAUCAAACCAUUUAUCAGACUUAGAUAAUCAUAAUUUAAGGAAUUUUAGUUCGUGUGGAACACUUGAAAUGUGCAACAGUGCAGAGAACAAUACAAUCAUGACUUUCCAAACUAAAUUAGUUGAGGGUGAGAGUGAUGUCCUUCCGCAAAGUGACACUCCUUCUCUGUUACCCCACAACUCUGCUGUGACUGUAAAGAGCCAUUCUGUGACAUCAAGACUGUCUGAAGAAGCUGCUAUUAAAAUGCUCCCUUCUGAAUUCCCCACUGUUUCAGUUUCAGAAAGAAAUAUGCCCCAUGCAGAAAAAUGUAUCAAAUUUCUAUCAGAACAUAAUUUUAAUGAACAAAGCAAACAAAUUUCAAUUGCUCAAACUGAACGGAAAAUGCAAUUGUCUGUCUCACCUGUUAUAUCAAAAUACCCUUCAUCAAGUAGCCCCAUCAGCAGUCUAUGUAGCACCGAAUGUGAUUCAGCUAUUGAAACUCUUAGUCCCGAUGAGGAAUGGCCAGAAAUGAAGCCACACCUGGACAAAAUUUUACCAAACAAAGAUCCAACACACAAAACCACCAAUACUGUACCACCCCUUGUUGUAAUAACAGACUAUGGAGACUCAACUAACGACCCAGUUGAGGUUUCUCAUUUAAGAGGCUGCUGUGACCACUUGAAUGCGAGCAACCGGAAACUUUCUGACUGUUCUGUAACAUCAGAUAUAUCUGAUUACUCUACACUUUCAACAUGUAGUUCAAGUGAAGAGUCAUCACCUAAGUGUCAUUUAUUCAACACCAUGGCUGAUCAGGGAAUACCUUCCUCUGCUGGAGCUGUGUCUCCUAGCCAGGAAUACUCAGAGACAGCCUCAGAGGAAAUGACUGCUGCAAAUUAUGACUCUGAUAGUGAUGUCAGUGACUGGGAAGCCCCAGUGGAUAUUGAUUUGGCCGCUUAUCAUUGGAAGAAAAUCAGAAGUGUAGUUACUUGGAGCCCUUUCUUGCAACAACUGAAGAAAAGGAAAUAUCCAUGGGUCCAAUUGGCAGGUCAUCAAGGCUGUUUUCAAGCUGGAGAACAUGGAACAAUUCUGAAGAAGCUGAAUACAAACGAACAAAAAUGCUACGAGGUACUGGAAAAUGACAAUUUGACAGCAUUUAUUCCUGCAACUCGGGGUGAAGUAGUCAAAGAAAAUGGUGAAAGUUAUGUAAAGAUGGGAAUUCGGACAUAUUUAGAGGAUGAGUUGAAGAAGGCCAGAGAAAACCCUAAACUUCGCUCUGAUAUGUAUGAGAAAAUGGUUGAUAUUGACCCGUCUGCACCGACUCCAGAAGAACGAGAAUUAGGAGCAAUCUCGAAACCACGGUAUAUGCAAUGGCGAGAAAACAUAAGUUCGUCUUCCUCUCUUGGAUUCCGUAUUGAGGGAGUGAAGAAUUCUAAUGGUGUCUCCAGCAAGGAUUUCAAACGUACUCGAACUUGGAAACAAGUGCAAGAAGUCUUUCAGGACUUUACCAGCUGCAAUAAAACCAUCCUGUCUCAGUAUGUCAGUCGACUGAAGGAGAUACGACCUGCAGUUGAGAAUUCCAAGCUAUUUAAAGAUCAUGAGGUUAUUGGCAGCUCGUUGCUUUUCGUUCACAAUAGUUUGGGCAAAACAGGAGUCUGGCUUAUCGACUUUGGCAAGACGACACCGCUCCCUAAGAAUAUUGUGACAAAUCAUCGCAACAAAUGGGUCGAAGGCAACCACGAGGAUGGCUAUUUGUUUGGUUUGGACAACCUGAUCUCACUGAUGGAAGAACUACUGGUCUAACAGAUGCUGUUUUUUUUUUUUUUAAUGAGCGUGAGAAACAUAACACACAUGCACUUCCAGUGAAAACUGUCUAUAUAUAUAUAUACUUUUGUUCCUGGUCUACCUCCUAUCGACUACCUCUUCGUCAAUUACUUCUGGGCUUUUCUCACAUCUAAUUUGGUGUAUUCAGUCAUAGAACAAUGCAUUAUUUCUUUAUUCAUGUCAUUUACAUCUUUCUGUUUGUGUUAAGAUGUCAAAGUUAUAAAACCCAGAGCCUAGAAAAUAUAUGCUGCACAUUAUAGUCUAUGAAACUAGUUUCUGUGCAUCUUAAAGUGUAGGUAGAACACCUUAUUAGCUUUCUCUCUCUCUUUCUCUCGCUCUUUCGGUUGACACCAACAUAAAACAAAGUUUGUUUUCUUCUGUUUAUGUACUCCUUUUCUCUAACAAGGUUAGCAUCUCUCAUUUGAUGUAUGUUGUACCACUUCAUCGCAUUUACAUUUAGCCAUAGACAGUAUGUUAAAUUUUCCCAUCUUUGCCACAAAGAAACAUCUUUAGAGCUGAUAAAUGUAAAUCUUUAUCCUUUAACAUUUUGCCUCUGUCUUUUAACAUGCACUCUUGCACAUCUUCAUUGACAUAUAUUCACAUUUACUCGCGUACAUAUUCAUAGGUAUGUGUUUAUCAUCAUUCUCCUUAAUAUUUUUAAAUCCCUGCAUUUUAAUUUUAUCUGAAAUGUCAUACACUUAGAUUGCUAUCAUAAUAUAGUUUUCCAUCUGCAGUUUCAUGAAAAUUUAAACAUUUAAGCAGCUUGAAUCAGGAUUAUUUCCGAAGCUAGGAUUUAUUAAAAAGAAAAAAUGUUUUUCUGGAUUGUUGUGGCAAUUUCUGGAGAAAUAUUUCUCUAAGUUUUAAUAUAAGAUUUCUCUGAAAAGAAAAUAUAUUUUAGUCUUUACUGAAAUUAACAAUUAACUUUAUAUUUAGUUCUACUUCAAGAAUGAAUGUAUACACAUUCUUAAUAAGGAAUUAAUAUUUUAGUACUUAAACAUU